GUUCCUGUAGGUUGCUGAUCUCAUGGUCGUUUCACUAUGUGUGAAUUGUGAUGUUCAUAUUUUGAUCAGUCAUGACAUGACGCAAGGAGUGGAAGGCUGUGCGUAUUCCUUCCCUAUAUAAAGUUUUUCGUAAUACUAACGUGGCAUUCAGUCUGUUGAAGUCUUCCUUGCUGCAUCAUUAACAUAUAGCGAAACCUAGUUACCUCUUAGAAAAUUAUAAAUAAGGCACAAUGGAAUUUCCAAAUCUUGGAGAACACUGCUCUGAGAACACCUGCAACAGAUUAGAUAUUCUACCUCUCAAGUGUGAUGCUUGUGCAUCGAUUUUCUGUACCGACCACAUAUCCUACGUGGGUCACACUUGUCCUAGUGCAUACAAAAAGGAUGUGCAAGUACCGACAUGUCCAUUGUGCAAUGCUCCAGUCCCAUCGAAGCGAGGUGAUCCUCCAGAUUUAGCAGUGAGUUUGCAUAUUGACAACGACUGCAAGUCCGAUUUUGGAAAAGGCCGCAGAAAAAUUUUCACCAAUAAAUGUUCGUCCAAAGGCUGCAAGAUUAAAGAGAUAGUUCAGGUGAACUGUACAGACUGUGGUAAAAAUUAUUGUUUAAAGCAUAGACAUCCAACUGACCAUUCUUGUGCGGGAAAAGAAGAAUCUAUUAGACAAAAAAGGUUGAAUGCCUUGAGCAGGCCAGCGCAAAACAGUAGUGGGAACAAUUCCAAUUCUUUUCAAAGUCUUCAAGGUACAAUGAGCGAGGAUGAAGCUUUUGCUAGAGCAUUACAAGCUUCUCUUCAAGACGAACAUCAGAGACCUGCUGUGCAGGAGCCAGUGCCUUGGGCCACUCGAGACAGGUGUAGAUUAUCUUAGAUUGGAAAUUUCAUAAUCCAAAAAAUUUGACUAGGCAAAGAUUUCUGCUUAUAUUUAUAAAGACAAAAAAAGACUUGAUACAUAAAUAUAUAAAAAAAUAGUACAUUACGAUAGGUGUGACUUAAAUGGUUCUUUUUUACACGGCGCAGUUAGCACCCGAGCGUAGCGAGGGCGCUAAGCGCCGUGUAAAACUGAACCAUUUAAGUCAAGAGUAUCGUAUAAAAUUUUAGAGUGUCUCUCCGCGGCCGAUAUCGCGUACGCGAAAACUUUGUAGCGUGUGCGAAAUCAACUAACAAAUUUUCCGGGAAAAUUUCGCGUGCGCUAAAUCUGUCGCGCACGCUAGAAAAAUCAACCUUUCGCGUACGCUAGAUCUUUCGCGCACGCUAGAUAUAAACUUUUCAGGAACGUUAGUAUUUUUAAGAGCAAUUCUUUCGCGUACGCUAAAGUGCUCCAAAUUUUCUUAUAAGAAGCAAACGGAGUACUUAUACAUAGAGAUGUUUCAUUCAUCCUUCAUAAGUCACUCUUGUUGCUUCUUUUAUAUAUAGGAAAUGUAGAGCACUUUAGCGUACGCGAAAGAAUUGCCUAAACAAGAAAAUCUCUCGCUCCAUCUCUCAUACAAGUACUCCGUUCGCUUCAUACAAGAAAAUUUGGAGCACUUUAGCGCACGCGAAAGAAUUGCUAAAAAAAAAAAGAAAAGUUCAUUUAUACCACUCUAACCUCAAAAUGCAAACUUUAAUUGCAAUUUUCGGCUCCCGUGGUAUAGUAUACUAUUGUAGCGUACGCGAAAAGUUGAUUUUCUAGCGUACGCGACAGAUUUAGCGCACGCGAAAGGUUGAUUAGUAGCGUACGCGAAAAUUUUUCCGGGAAAUUGUCUGUGGUUUUCGCGUACGCUAAAAUUUUCGCGCGUACGCUACAUUUUUUUUCGCGUACGCGAUAUCGGCCGCGGAGACACACUCAAAAUUUUAUAGCACAGACUGCUAAAGUAGUCCUUAUUUGCACCGUGAGGUUAGCGCACGUGCGUAGCGAGUGUGAUAAACACGGUGCAAAAAAGGACUACUUUAGUCACAGAUAGGCGUGACUUAACAGCGUAUUUUAGCCACACUGUGCUAUAAAAUCUAUUAUUCUCACAGUUUUAUUUUUGUAUUUGUGAGAUCAACAGAUCUUAGAAUAUCAAUGAUCAUUAUCCAAUUUUACGAUACUUGUAUAAUUCAAAAACAUUGCCAAUCAAGCGAUAAUAGAAGAAAGUUAGUAAGUUGUAUAAUUCAAAAACUUUACCAAUCAAGCGGUAAUAGAAGAAAGCAAUUUAAUCUCUCAUUAAAAUAAUAAUUUUACUCACUGUAUGCACAAGCUAAACAAAUCAAGAAUGAUGAUACAAACAUGACAAAGGCAUACAUAUAUUAAUUUACACACACAAAUAAUUUAUAAUUCAUUUAUAUUUGUAUACUUAUGAAAAAAAUAAAAUAAUUCACGAAUAUUGUAAAAUAAGUAUCUUAUGUUUAAUUUAUGAAACUAAGAACUUACAAUGUCAUUUUGAUCUGCUUUGUAAUAUAACUUAUAAAUACUGUAAAAAAACUACUCUAAGAUAAAUGCUGAGACAAAUCUUUUUAUUAUUACUGAGAUUAAAAACUUGGAUAUCUGCUAGGUAGAAGGUUGUGACAUGAUUGAGCAUUACUUAUUGUACAUUCCAAACAUUUUUUUUAAAUUUGGAGAAAUGUAAUUGUGGUUAUAAAUAAAAAUAAAUAAAGUUCAACAUUAUUUAUAAAUUA